ACCGGGGCGGAAGCUGCGGCCCAGGCCGCGCUGGAAGCCGGGACCGGAACCGCAGCCCGCCGGGCCCCACCCCACUCACCUGCGCAGGUCUCAAGCAGCUUCGGAACCCGCAGGCCCGCACUGUGAAGGUGACCCUCGAGGGGAGGAGGGCGACGGCCCGCGGGAGGACGAUGGCCUGUCUCGCCCUGGCCCGCCUCCUUGCCGUCGCCGUGGGGCUCCCGUGGGCGCUCGGCCUCCGGGACUCCGACGCCGGGCCGCCCCCGGAGCCCCCCGGGCUGCCCGCGGGUGACGCCUGCCUGGCGAGCUUUACCGCCGGGGUGCCUGCCUUCGUGCUGGACACCACGGCCUCGGUCAGCAACGGGGCCACCUUCCUGGACUCCCCCAGGGUGCGCCGCGGCCGGGACUGCGUGCGCGCCUGCUGCACCGCGCAGCACUGCAACCUGGCGCUGGUAGAGCUGCAGCCCGACCGCGGGGAGGACGCCAUCGCCGCCUGCUUCCUCAUGAACUGCCUCUACGAGCAGAACUUCGUGUGCAAGUUCGCGCCCAGGAAGGGCUUCAUCAACUACCUCACGCGGGAUGUUUAUCGCUCCUACCGCGAUCUGCGGACCCAAGGCUUUGGGGGGUCCCGGAUCCCCAAGGCCUGGGCGGGCAUAGACUUGAAGGUACAGCCCCAGGAACCUCUGGUGCUAAAGGAUGUGGACAACACAGAUUGGCACCUGCUGCAAGGUGACAGAGACGUCAGGGUAGAGAGGAAGGAUCCGGACCAGGUAGAGCUGUGGGGACUCAAAGAAGGCACCUACUUGUUCCAGCUGACAGUGACUGACUCAGACCAGCCAGAGAACACGACCAACGUCACCGUCACUGUGCUGUCUGCCAAGCAGACAGAAGACUAUUGCCUCGCAUCCAACAAGGUGGGCCGCUGCCGGGGCUCUUUUCCCCGCUGGUACUACGACCCCACAGAACAGAUGUGCAAGAGUUUCACCUAUGGAGGUUGCUUAGGCAACAAGAACAACUACCUUCGGGAAGAGGAGUGUAUGCUAGCCUGCCGGAAUGUGCAAGGACCCUCCAUGGAAAGGCACCAUCCAGUGUGCUCUGGCACCUGUCACUCCACCCAGUUCCGCUGCGACGAUGGCUGCUGCAUUGACAGUUUCUUGGAGUGUGACAACACCCCUGACUGCCCCGAUGCCUCUGAUGAGGCCAACUGUGAAAAAUAUACCAGUGGCUUUGACGAGCUCCAGAACAUCCAUUUCCGCAGUGACAAAGGGCACUGCGUGGACCUGCCAGACACGGGACUGUGCCAGGAGAGCAUCCCGCGCUGGUACUAUAACCCCUUCAAUGAACGCUGUGCCCGCUUUACCUAUGGCGGUUGCUAUGGCAACAAGAACAACUUUGAGGAAGAGCAGCAGUGUCUUGAGUCCUGUCGUGGCAUCUCCAAGAAGGAUGUGUUUGGGCUGCGGCGGGAAAGCCCCAUUCCUGGUGUAGGCUUUGCGGAGAUGGCCGUUGCGGUGCUCCUGACCACCUGCAUCGUGGCGGUGGUAGCCAUCCUGGGUUACUGCUUCUUUAAGAACCAGAGAAAAGACUUCCAUGGACACCACCACCAGCCACUGCCCACCCCCGCCAGCUCCACGGUCUCCACUGCCGAGGACACAGAGCACCUGGUGUAUUAUCACACCACCCAACCCCUCUGAGCCUGGGUCUCUCGCCAGCUCUCACAUGGCCCUGCUUUCUAUUUGCCAAGGCAGAGGCCUGGGCUGGGGAAAACUUUAGGAUCAGACUCUCACUGCCUGUUUCCCAGGCCCACUCUGCCUCUCUUGGAGGAAUCUCAGCUAAGCUCAGGUCCUGAGAAAUCUCAGGGUCAGGGACCAGAAAACCCUUGGGCCAGAAGUAUAAUACACAGAUGGACCUGCCUGCCCAGGAGAUUGGAAGAAACUGGAGUUUUGUUUCCUGUUCAGAGCUGUCUGCCCCUGCCCCAGGGCAUUGGGAAGGGGCCUGGGGUGGUGACAGAAGCUAGAGGCCCCAGCCCUGUCCUCCAGAGAUUCCCUUCCACUCUGUGCAGUCCAGGGCUGGGAGGAAGGACCUCCCUGUAUAGUUUGUGCCGUAAAGAGUUGCUUUGUGUUUAUUUAAUGCCAUGGAGUGGGUGAAGAGGAAUGCUCUGCCUCCUCCCUUCCUCUUCCCCCAAGACUGAGCUCUCUGUCCUUGACCAGCCCCACCCUGGCCUGGACGGGCAGAGCCAAAAGAGGCUCAGCUGCAUCCCGCACUCUCACCCCCUCCUCAGCUUCCACCGCUCCAGUCCACCCACAGUGCAAUAAAAUGAUUCGUUUUGUGGGA